CAAUUAUGCAUUUGAUCAAAUAUAAUGUUCUUCCCAGCUUCUGAAUAAAAAUGCAUUGGCCCUGGGUUUGGAUCACUCUCUGCUUGCUCUGUCCAACUGUGGUUUAUGGUGGGACAGUUCUUGUUUUUCCCAUGGAUGACAGCCACUGGGUGAACAUGAAAGUCAUUAUUGAGGAACUGCAUUCAAGGGGCCACCAGGUUUCUGUUAUGCGAUCAUCCAACAGCUGGUACAUCAAGGAAACCUCCCCUUAAUACUUCAAUUACUUUAUAGACUCGGGAUUUGAUGAAGAUGGUUAAAAGGUAAAAGUGACAUAUACUGUCACAUCUUAAACUAGCUUAUGUUAGCUAAAUGUUAACAAACUGAACCCCGUUGCCUCACCCAUCAAUUGGAAGAAAAUGGCAAAAAUUGAAUACACUAUUUGUAUGUUUUCAUGAGUGUAUAAUCACCUGAAAAUAUGGAUCAUUGUGUUUUCGUUACAUUAGAAUGAGCCCUUUGUGUCAACAGAGGGAGUCAGUUGUCUUCCAUGGAGCCCAGAACAGACAAAGGGAAAACACUGACUCUAGACAGGGCCUUACACAUCAUUUCCAAGGUUUCAUGGUCACCAUUGUUGUGUAUAGGUACACUUAGAAGGGGAACGUGAGACGAGAGGUUCAAAUGGCUGCGAUCUGCAACCUCAUUGCUUGAUGCCACUAAAUACACUGGACCUUUAAGAGCUAAACACUAUGGCUAAGUUUUACCACCCUUUGUACUUUCUUAUCAUCUGUGCGUAUAAUAAAGUAAAAUUGCAGUACCAAAGUCCUUCUCAGGUUGAAGCCUUGGAGGACAAGCACGUACAUUCUACUCUCUCUCUCUCUCUCUGGAAAAGGAAGAAUAUUGAAAAACAAUACAUUGAAUACCUAAAAAGAAUAAAAAUGCAUUGGCCCUGGGUUUGGAUCACUCUCUGCUUGCUCUGUCCAACUGUGGUUUAUGGUGGGAAAGUUCUUGUUUUUCCCGUGGAUGGCAGCCACUGGGUGAACAUGAAAGUCAUUAUUGAGGAACUGCAUUCAAGGGGCCACCAGGUUUCUGUUGUGCGAUCAUCCAACAGCUGGUACAUCAAGGAAACCUCCCCAUUAUAUACUUCAAUUACUCUCAAUAUAGACUCUGGAUUUGAUGAAGACUUUAUAACUGAGUUUGUGACCCAGUUGAUGGAAAUCCAGAGGGAAGGGAAGUCUGCCUGGACACGUUUUAAACUGGAAAUGGAACAAGCACAAAAAUCCUCUGAGAUAAAUGAGAAAACAAGCAAAAUGCUGGAGCUUCUUUUUGAAAACAAAGAUCUGAUACAGUCACUACAGGAUUCCAAAUAUGACCUUGUCCUUACAGAUCCUGCUAUACCAGGGGGUGUUAUACUUGCCCACUAUCUCAGGUUGCCCCUUGUUUUCAAUGUCAGAUGGACUAGUCAUGGUGAAGGCCAUUUUUCAAUUGCGCCUUCUCCUCUUUCUUAUGUUCCAAUGACAGGGACUGAGCUUUCAGAUAAAAUGAGCUUCUUUGAGAGACUUUUUAAUGUAAUAAUUUUUGGUUUCACAGAAUAUCAAAUUGCACACUAUGUCUUACCAAGUUAUGCUGGCUUAAUUGAAAAAUAUUUAGGUCCAGAGGUAGACUACUUCUCCCUGUUUCAAGCAGCAGACCUUUGGCUCAUGAGAGUGGACUUUGUGUUUGAGUUCCCUCGUCCUACAAUGCCAAAUGUUGUCUACAUGGGAGGGUUUCAGUGUAAACCUGCAAAACCUCUACCUGAAUACCUGGAAGAGUUUGUGCAGAGUUCUGGAGAGCAUGGAGUCAUUAUCAUGUCUCUGGGGACUUUGAUUGGAGAACUUCCCCAUGACCUAGCUGAUGACAUCGCUGCAGCUUUUGCCAAAUUACCUCAGAAAGUGAUCUGGAGAUAUAAAGGUGACAGACCCGCCACUCUGGGCAACAACACUUUACUAGUAGACUGGAUGCCACAGAAUGAUCUUUUAGGACACCCUAAGAUAUUACUAUUUGUGGCUCAUGGAGGAACAAAUGGCGUGCAAGAGGCAAUCUACCAUGGAGUUCCUAUCCUAGGACUUCCAUUGAUUUUUGAUCAACGUGACAAUCUAUUUAGAAUUGAAGUAAGAGGAGCAGGGAAGAUAAUGGAUAUUUUUACUAUGAAUGAAGACAUCUUCUUUCAGGGAAUUCAGGAAGUCCUGAAUGAGCCAUCUUACAGGUUGAACAUGCAGAGACUCUCAAGGUUGCACAGAGAUCAGCCAAUGAAGCCCCUGGAUACCGCCCUCUUCUGGAUAGAGUUUGUCAUGAGACACAAAGGUGCAGCUCACUUGAGAACAGAGUCCUACAGACUGCCCUGGUAUUCCUACCACUCUGUUGAUGUGAUACUCCUCUUAGUUGGAGUUGUGUUGAUUAUUCUGGGCACCUUUGCUGUCUUAAUAAGGUGCUUAUGCUCUGUGUGUCUAAGAACCAAAAGUAAAUCUGAUUUAAAAAAAUUAAAGUAAUUAAAAGACAUGAAAACAAAACAUUGGCUAUUUGUUUUGUGAUUUGAUGUGCAUAAUAGAAUAAUUUUAAUACUAGUUGCAUAUUGCAAUAUAAAGGAAUAUCUAUCAUCUAAAACUUGGUCUGAAAUGAGUAAAAAAGACAACACAUCAAAUCAGUCAGUGCUUUGUAAUUCUUUAUUUUAUCAACAAGGAAGAACAAAAGUUUAAGGAUGAUUAUAUUUGAUUUGCUAUAUUCUUACACUAUUGUUAUUUCACAAACCCAGUGCUCUGGAUAAACAAACAUGUUAACAUGCAAUUUUUCUUUUCUUUUCUUUUGAACAUAUUCUAGUAAUGGUUUCACAUCACACAUUCAAUACGCUUGUCACUAUGAAUAUAGAUAUGCGAACCCUUGAUAUGAAUAGUCUUACAUCAGUCCACACAGAUAGAACUUUAACCUUAAAGAGAAGGAGCUGUCAAAAUGUACUGUAACACUGUUGUUUUAGAGGAAAUAAAAGCAUUCAAAAAAUGUCCAAAAUA